AUGACCAGUAACAACAUCAACAGCGAGGAAAACACGGAGACGGCCAAUCUCAAACUCCCCUUGGCUACGAACAGGUCGGAACAUGGUACACAGGAAGCAGAGUGGGCCGCAGACGGUGUUGGCAACCAGUUCUUCACCGGUCGUAUUACCGAGAACCACUGGGUAGGCCUCGACCUCGACGCCUCCCUGAUACAGACAUCCCCGGACAUGCGGGAACAGGUUCCGCAACAACAUCAGCAAGACCAGGAUCAGCAAAUGGCGGAGCCGCCCAUCGGAUAUGAUGAACCCGAAUGCAGUUGCAGUCCGGAAGCGGUUCCAGAACUUGCACGCACAUCCCCCCUUUUCAAUCGUGGAAAGAACCAGCGCCUCUCCCUUGACAUAGAGCUAUCUCAGAUCAAGAGGGCCAUCAUCGGCUGUGAAGCCUCGGUUAACUGUCAAUCGCACGCUGCUGACCCCAACAUGGCCAUGUUGAUGGGUGUCAUGAUCGGCGGCAUUAUCGACGGCUUUGAGAAGCUUCUCGCCAACGACGACCCGCCUGCUGCCGAUGACCGCGACCUUCAAAGUACCUCCUGUACGCCUGUGGCCGCACAGUCAGCUGAUGGUCAUAUUCAGGUAGCGGCAGGGAACAGCGGAAAGUCCAAGAGCGCCGAUCAAGACAGCACCAUGGCCGAGCCGCGCCUGACCUGGGGUGUACUGCAGCUUGAGGACGAUUAUGAGGCGGACCUACGGCUCCGGCUGUGUGAUUUGUACUUUCGCCGCCUCGAGGUACUGCUCAAGCACUUUAGCCAGUCGGUGCGGUUCUUCCGAGACGGGCAGGAUGACCAGGCAGCAAGUGUACGCAGCUCGGCCGCCCAGGUCAUGGCGUGCGACUACAUGCGCAUCUGGUUGGAACAGAAGGCCGAGACUGUGAGACUGUGUCUGUCGAAGCGUCACGCAGUGUAG